AUGCCUGCCGAGUUCCUUGCUACCAACCCCCCCCCCCUCUGGCUCACUCUCUACCACAUUGUUACCCGCCUCCCUGACUCUCUGCGCGCAGUCAGGGAUUCCUUUCUAGCUCGCUCCCCUACUGAGCUCACCAUUGCCCUCCUCGAGAAGGACCUACUUGCAGCUGAGGCGAGCAUCGUCGCCGUAGGUGCCUCUCGUGGCGAGCCCCGCACCCCCUUCUUUGAGGGGUGUUCCCCUUCCCCCCUUCUCCCCUCUGUCGCCUCUGCUGCUGCUGUCGACCUCCUUGGUGCUGAGAAGGUCGGGACCGCGUCUGCUCCGAGCGGGCGCCGCAGGAGCAAGGGGGGCAAGGGUGGAGGUGGUGGCGGGGGAGGCGGGGGUGGUGGCGGUGGGGGUGGAGGUGGGACUGGAGAGGCUAGUGGCGGCAGUGGGGGUGGUGACAGCAGCGGCGGGAGCAGUGGCAGGGGCGGAGGCGGCAGCGGAGGCGGAGGUGGUCGUGGCGGCGGCAGGGGUGGAGGUGGCCGAGGCGGUGGUGGUGGCGGUGGAGGCGCUGGCGGUGGCCAGAGCCAACAGCACGCCCCGUCGCUCCAGGAGGCACGUGAGUGGUACUCGCAACAGGGGGGGGCGGGUGGCUUUACCUGCACGUACGUCAUCCGCACUGGUGACCGCACUGGCCAGACGUGUGGGAGGCCGCACCCCACGCACCGCUGUUUCUCGCGCCUUACCGACGCUUGGCGCGCUCAGUUCCCUGGCGGCGCUGAGCUUCCCCGCUGGGGUGAUCUGGAGAGGAAGGGAGUUGAUAUCUGGGCCUUAGACUUUGAUGCUAUUCUCACUGCCAUGUAUGCGAUGUUUACUAGUGGAGAGGGUGCUCAGUACUUGCGUGUUCCGCCCGACCCGGGCAUUCUGACCAGUCCGGCUGCCGCUCUAGGUGCUAGUGAGUCUGCUGCCCCAGGUCCUGGUGAGGCUGCUGCUCUAGGUGCUCGUGAGUCGGUCCCCCCUGGUACUGAGUCGACUGCAGCACUUCACACCUUCACACUGGACUCUGGUGCUUCUCGCUGUUUCUUUCGUGACCGCACUGUCCUUGAGCCACUCACUCGGCCAGUUGCUGUCUCCCUCGCUGACCCCUCUGGGGGUCCGGUCAUUGCGACCUCCUCCACUGUCCUUCCUUGUCCUGCGGUCCCGUCAGGCACACUGUCAGGUCUCUACCUCCCCUCGUUCUCUACGAACUUGGUGGCAGGUCGUGCGCUCCAGGACGGGGGUGUUCACCAGUUCACCCCUGCAUACGAGCGCGUGACACACUGCACGUGUGCUCGGACGGGCCGCCACCUGGCUACCUUCACUCGAGAGCCGGGGUCGGACCUGUACACACUGACCACUGAGUCCCCUCAGGUAGCUGCGUCUGCGUCUGCGUCAGGUCAGCUGUCCGCCCCCUGCUCGUGUCGCUCUCUGGCGCAUGAGACUAUCCUCUGGCACCACCGCCUUGGUCACCCGUCUGUGCAGCGCCUUCGAGCCAUGCACAAACGGGACCUUGUUGCUGGUCUUCCCAGGGUUCUCCCUCCCCUCCCACCCUCGCCUGCUCCUCCCUGUCUUCCCUGUGUCGAGGGGCGGCAGCGCGCCGCUCCUCACUCCUCCUCCUUUCCCCCGACGACUGCUCCUUUGCAGACGCUCCACAUGGACGUGUGGGGCCCAGCCCGCGUCCGUGGUCAGGGUCAGGAGAGGUACUUCCUGAUUGUUGUUGACGACUUCUCGCGCUACACCACGGUCUUCCCCUUGCGCACCAAGGGUGACGUCCCUGAUGAGGGCAUUGAGCAGUCGUUCACGCUUCUGGCCUCUCCACAGCAGAACGGGGUUGCUGAGCGCCGCAUUGGCUUGGUCAUGGAGGUCGCUCGUACCUCCUUGGUUCAUGCGGCUGCCCCCCACUUUCUGUGGCCGUUUGCAGUCCGAUACGCUGCGCAUCAGCUCAACCUUUGGCCCCGUGUCUCCUUACCGGAGACUUCUCCGACACUGCGUUGGACGGGAGAGGCUGGCGAUGCGUCGCGUUUUUGGGUCUGGGGAUCCCGAGCUUUUGUUCGCGACACGUCCGCGGACAAGCUCUCCCGUCGCGCUGUCCCCUGUGUCUUCCUUGGCUUUGUCCCGGACGCGCCUGGUUGGCAGUUCUACCACGCCACCUCGCGUCGUGUCCUGGCCUCUCAGGACGUCACUUUUGACGAGUCCGUCCCCUACUACCGCCUCUUCCCCUACCGCACUGCCCCACUCCCCCCCCCGCCUCUCUUCCUGGCUCCAGGUGCUGAGGUACCAGACCCCCUCCCCCCUCAGGGUGCCGCUCCCUCAGGUGUGUCCCAGGUAGACCCGGGUGAGCCUGUCGAGGUAGCUGUUGACUCUCGUCCUGCUGGGGGUGCUGAGCCUGGGGGUGCUGAGCCUGGGGGUGCUGCGUCUGGGGGUGCUGAGCCUGGGGGUGCUGAGUCUGGAGGUGCGGAGCCUGGGGGUGCUGAGCCUGGGGGUAGUGAGCCUGACGGUGCUGAGUCUGGGGGUGCUGAGUCUGGGGGUACUGAGCCUGAGGGUGCUGAGUCUGGGGGUGCUGAGUCUGGGGGUACUACACCUGGAGGAGCCCUCUCCUCACAGCGGCUGCAGGAGCGUCUUCGGAGUGGUGCUCCUGGUGCUGCGGACCCGGACGUUGGAGCUGCUGCUGGUGCUGCGGACCCGACUGGUGGAGCUGCUGCUGGUGCUGAGGACCCGAGCGGUGGCGCGGCUACUGGUGCUGAGGACCCGAGCGGUGGCGCUACUGCUAGUGCUGAGGACCCGGACGUUGGAGCUGCUGCUGGUGCUGAGGACCCGGCUGGUGGAGUUCCUGCUGGUGCUGAGGACCCGGCUGGUGGAGUUCCUGCUGGUGCUGCGGACCCGGACGGUGGAGCUGCUGCUGGUACUGAGGACCCGAGCGGUGGAGCUGCUGCUGGUACUGAGGACCCGGGCGGUGGAGCUGCUACUGGUGCUGAGGACCCGGGCGCUGGUGUCUCUGCUCCUUCUGGAGACGCUACGCGGCCACGACCGAGGUCUUGCAGAGCGUCGUGA